CUUUUUCCAUUCUAAGCUACCCCUAUAAAUUCUCUCUUCCUUUGGACGUUCCACCAACCACUUCAUGAAAAUCUAAGCCCCCCUGCUCAAACCUCCUCGACAAGCCUUCUCUCUCCACCCCCUCGAAAAAUGGGCAUAGGAGAUAUCAAACCCCACUACCCUCAAAAAACAAAUGGGAUAUCAUUUUGGGCCUUUGUUUUGUCCAUUGUCUUCUAUAUUUCCAUUUUUUACAUCUUCAAUCUCUCUCCUUGCUCCCUCCUCAACACCACCAAAUUCUGGUUUUUCAUCUCCAACACUCUCAUUCUCAUCAUUGCUGCUGAUUUUGGUGCUUUUACUUUUUCAAGACAAAAUGAUCUCCAUGAAGAAUACAUUCCACCUAGGAGUGUUUCCUCUUUUGAACUCCAUUAUCCCAAAAUGGUUCACAAAAGCAUCCCACAAGAAGGGUUUGAGAAUCCACAAGAACAGAUAAAAGACAUCGUUGUAGUUCACAACAAUAAACCUGAAAAGAGCAUUACAGUGCAAGAGAUUUCUGAUGCCGCACAAUCUAGGGACAGUCAGAUGAACACAGUUUUAUCUCCACACAUGGAGAGAUUAUUUCAAGAAGGUGAUUCACAAACUGUGGUCCAAAGUGACCCGAAAAAACCUAGUAAUAGUUUCCAAGAAAAGAAACUAGAAUUAGCUUCAAAAUCCAAAAAUGAAACUCAUGACAAGAUGAAAAGUGAAUCGAGGCAUGUUCGUAGCAAGUCUGACGAGGCAAUCAAGUUUGCUGAGGAGGAGAAACAGAUUGUUCUUCGUCGGACGCUGACCGAGAAGAGUGAAGCAAAUGCAGAAGAAAACGAGUUCUCAACCAUGUCGGAUGAAGAAUUGAAUAGAAGAGUUGAGGAGUUCAUUCAAAGGUUUAACAUGCAAAUUAGGCUUCAAGCAGUCCAAAACCGCCAAAGUUUGGAAGUCCAGUGAAGUUUUAAAACGAAGAAGAGGAACAUAGGCACAUAGCCCCACUUAACUUCGCUAUCUCCUUGAUUUUUGUUUCUGUUUGUAUCUUGUCUUUGUUUUUUUGCUAUUAUUCAGUAACGAGUGUAAAUGUUCUAGGUUCUUUCAAGGAGAUCUUUACUUCAGUAGAGAAAUUUUCUUAAACACCAAAUAUUCUAAAAGCUUAAACUUUUAAACAAAACAAGGGUUCAACAUAAUAUCAUAAUCUAAAGGUACCAAGUUGGCAAAAAAACAAAAACAAAAAUUAGCAUAGACGGUCACCCAAGC